UCCCUGCCACAGAGGGCAGUGGAGGCCAAGCCACUGGAUGGAUUUAAGAGAGAGUUAGAUAGAGCUCUAGGGGCUAGUGGAGUCAAGGGAUAUGGGGAGAAGGCAGGCACGGGUUAUUGAUAGGGGACGAUCAGCCAUGAUCACAAUGAAUGGCGGUGCUGGCUCGAAGGGCCGAAUGGCCUCCUCCUGCACCUAUUGUCUAUGUUUCUAUGUUGCCAUCUUGCAGCGACGCUUGAAUUAACGGCUGACCUAAUUGCCCUGCAAUGUUAUUUCUGUGCUUUGGACAGGUAUCUCAGAGCCAUGUACCUGGGGAUUCAGAGCCGCUGGCACAGGGAACACGAGCGGAGACACUUCUACUGGAGGAUGAUGUUUGAGAGCGCUGAUAUCAACAUGCUACGCCUGUUGGAGACCUUCCUUAAAAGUGCCCCUCAGCUGGUGCUGCAGCUCAGCAUCAUGGUACAACGCAACCACAUUGGCAGCCUGCAAGGUCUAUCAGCAGCUGCCUCUCUCCUCUCCUUAGCCUGGAUGAUUGCCUCGUACCAGAAGAUCCUCCGAGACUCACGGGAUGAUAAGAUGCCCAUGACCUAUAUGGCUGCCAUCACACAGAUCCUGUGGCACCUCUUCACCAUCGCUGCCCGAGUCAUCGCCUUCUCCCUGUUCGCCUCCGUCUUCCAGCUGUACUUUGGGAUUUUCAUCGUCAGUCACUGGUGCAUCAUGACCUUCUGGAUCAUCCACGGGGAGACGGACUUCUGCAUGUCCAAGUGGGAGGAGAUCAUCUACAACAUGGUGGUGGGCAUCAUCUACAUUUUCUGCUGGUUCAACGUCAAGGAGGGACGGACCCGGUGUCGGAUGUUCACCUAUUACUUCAUCACUUUUUUGGAAAACGCUGCCUUGACUGUGCUGUGGUACCUGUACAGAGAUUCCCCCAUCACAGACUUUGAAGCCUUAAUCAUCGUGUGUGUGGUGUUCAGUAGUUUUGCCCUGGGCAUUUUCUUCAUGUUUAUAUAUUACGGUGCUCUGCAUCCUAACGGGCCCAUGUUCGGUUCCCAAGGAGGGUGCAUCGAUGGCGGGGAGCAAGAGGCCGUCACGCACAUACCUGCGCAGGUGAUAACAAGCCCACCUCGAGCAAUGACUCAGUGCCGGACUACAAUGGGCGAACAGGUGCCUCCGACUGAGCGGGACAGUUGCAUGCCUGUCUUUCAGGUAAGGCCCAACGUCCCCCCUCCAUCUGUGCCCCGAAUGUUACGGACAGAAGGGCCUGUGAUCAGGAUCGACCUGCCCAGGAAACGCUACCCAGCCUGGGAUGCGCACUUUAUAGACAGAAGGCUGCGCAAAACCAUCCUAGCCUUGGAGUAUACCUCACCCACCACGCCCUGCCUCCAGUACAGCAACAUUAGCUUCACACACGAAGUACUGGAAUAUGAAACUACUGUGUAGUCACACUGUAUGCAAGCAGAUGGAGGUGCAUGGAGUAAUCUUCCCCUUCUUCAGGGGGUCCAAGUCUUGGUAGAGUAAAGGCUGCACAGGCAGUGCCUCUCUCCCCACCAAACUACUGAGCUGGCUGUGUCGAUACAGUGCGUGAAAAGCCCUCCCCUCUACAAACAUAUCUCUAACCAGAUGUAAUGUUGCCACCACAGUCGGACUACAGCCUGGCCGGUUACUUUUCUGUUUGCCUUUUACAAUAAAUGAUUUUUUUUUUAACAUUUGUUUUAAAGAAAAUACGAACACGAUUUUGUGUCGCUCACUCUAUUGUGAAAAGUCACGAGCAGGUAAAAUGUACAGGUUCAAAGUGGGAAUUUACUUUUCCCAUUGUUCGAGGGGGAAAAAAAACGUGGUUUGCAUGUGAUGUUUAAAGUACCAAGAUUGACUCCAGCUUAUUGUUUCUCCUUAACCGAUUAUUUUUUUAAAUGUCACAAACCAUUUGCCAAAUAGUGAUCAAAUGUUAAAAGAGUAAUAACAGUUUGAUAUGAUAUUCUGUAGAGGUUAAACGACAGACACACGUUGUCUGAACCUUUCACACCUUUUACCACAUACAAGUCUAUUUUCUUGAUCUAAGGUAUGACGGAUCUGGCAUUGGAACUAUGUUCGACAGGCAGUUAUUGGCAAGAUAGGGACUUACAAUGUUCCUUACACACUGUCAUGGCAAAUCAGUGCAACUAAAACAUUAAAGCUGCAAUCUACAAUAGCAAGAUAUUAUGACAUUUUCAAUAAGUUAGCCAAACAUUUCACCCUUCAAAAUUUCAUCCUGUCAAAUUUAAUAUAUUUACUUAAAACCUUGUAAAAGUCUGCAGAGGAAAUUCUCAGGAAAUAUGACUUCAAAAAUACAUUUUGAAUAUAAAAUGUUAUUAAAAUGCCAACGUUGGAUACGGAAUAUAAAUGUAAAUGUUAUUUUGCAAACAUGGAUUAUUUUCAGUUGAACAUCGGUAGGCAGGAGAUGGUAUUAUUUUUAAGUGCAUUCUGUUAAAAUGUCAGACCUGGUUUCCGUGUGAUUUGACAUCUUCAGGCGGAGAGGCAUGCAAGCAUGAAGAUACGUGAAGAACCUCUCAUCGGGAAGACCAGAACCAAAAGGCAUGUUCCAGUCUCGAGCUAUCAAUGUCCAAGUACAGGCUAUAUAUCCCCGCAAUCGAGCAGCAUCAGAUUAUUCGGCCCUUUCGGUGAGAAAGAUGAGUUGGUGAUUUAUCGUGUUUCGCUGGGAGGUUUUUAUUAGAAUAAGGAAACUGUGCCAAAUCAGAAGUGUUGCCUUUCAUUUGGGCAAUGGCAAGAAAUAAAAUCUUUCUUCCUUAUUGACAAAAAAAGGUACAUGUUAUAUCUUAUUGAAACAUAUAAAAUUCUUAAGGGAUUGGACAGGCUCGAUGCAAAAUGUUCCCGAUGUUGGGGGAGUCCAGAACCAGGGGUCACACAGUUUAAGAAUAAGGGGUCGGCCAUUUAGGACUGAGAUGAGGAAAAAUGUUUUCACCCAGAGAGUUGAGAAUCUGUAGAAUUCUCUGCCACAGAAGGCAGUGGAGGCCAAUUCACUGGAUGUUUUCGAGAGAGAGUUGGAUAUAGCUCUUAGGGCUAACGGAAUCGAGGGAUAUGGAGAAAAAGCAGGAAUGGGGCUGGUUGUGGAUGAUCAGCCAUGUUCAUAUUGAAUGGCGGUGCUGGCUCGAAGGGCUGAAUGGCCCACUCCUGCACCUAUUUUCUAUGUUUCUAUGUUCAGUCCAAUACCAAUUCAAUGAAUCGGGUGCUAAUUCACAGUUUGUGAUCCGUAAUGUGUGGAGAAUCAUGGUUUUAUACCAAGGGCAUCUUGUUGCGUGUAGACCUUGACUUUGCCAAUUGGUGCUGGCUGGAACGUCACUGACAAUUGCUCAGUUAGUGUUGUCAUGGUCCUGAACCACUUGCAAUGAGAUAACGUGAUCUUUCAGGAAUGGAACUUGCAUCAAACUUGGUUUGAAAACGCUCGGGAUGUUUUGGAAUUAAUUUAAGAGGUUAAUCUAUCCAGGCCAAGCUUAAAGUGAAAGGCAAAUUUGCAUUUAAUUUAAAAACUGGCGGCAAAUAUUGAUUCAACAAGUUCACUGAAUGGAUGGAAGGAUAAAACGAUUUUACGCUUGCCCUGAAUUGCAUUUUCACAAUUAAUUUUGAGAGCUCUCACUUUGUGGAAAUAUGCAGUGAAGCUAGCGACACGGAUCAGUGUAGCAAUCAACCCCUCUAAUAUCAUUGAAUGUUGCUUCUCAGCAGCAGACUCAACCCAGCUGCCAAUACCACAGCUUCAAGAAGCAAGUCACCAAGUAGCCCUGUUCUAUGUGAAACAAAAUGCAGCUGAAAUGUGAUGAAAGAAUGGGUCGACUGGGCUUGUAUUCACUGGAAUUUAGAAGGAUGAGAGGAUAUCUUAUAGAAACGUAUAAAAUUCUUAAAGGAUUGGACAGGCUAGAUGCAGGAAAAAUGUUCCUGAUGUUGGGGGAGUCCAGAACCAGGGGUCACACAGUUUAAGAAUAAGGGGUAGGACAUUUAGAACUGAGAUGAGGAAAAACUUUUUCACCCAGAGAGUCUUGAAUCUGUGGAAUUCUCUGCCACAGAAGGCAGUGGAGGCCAAUUCACUGGAUGCUUUCAAGAGAGAUUUAGAUUUAGCUCUUAGGGCUAAAGAAAUCAAGGGAGAUGGGGGGGGAAAAGCAGGAACGGGGUACUGAUUUUAGAUGAUCAGCCAUGAUCAUAUUGGAUGGCGGUGCUGGUUCUAAGGGCCGAAUGGCCUACAACUCCACCUAUUUUUCCAUGUUUUUUUCCGAUGUUUCUAAAUCUAAAGACCACAAAACUAAAUCACAGCACUAGUGAGGUCCAACGUGAGAUCAAUCGAGUGAAGUGAGAUGGAUGGUUUACUGGAACUAGCUUCACAAAAGCAAAUAAUGUGAAAUUAGAUGCAACAGUCUUGUAAAAUGCCACUAAUCGUGCCAUGGGUGAACAAUGAACUAUCUUAAAUCCACAGGACUCAAGUUAACUGCAGUUAUCAAUAAGAAACAUCAAACAUUAUUACUCUUUAAAUUCAACUGGUAACUUUAGAAGAACACUUCACACAGAUUUAAAAUGCCGCAAAGACAAGUGAACAGCAUCAAAUAAUUGCAAGGAGCAUGCUACAAAUUGUUAAUAUUUUUUAAAUCUCAAAUUGAGAGGGGAUAUUUAUUAAAGAAUUUUGAACUUUUCUGUAAUUUUAAUUGUUGUAUAAAACAAAACAGUGUGCAUAAAUGUUUUAAGAUAUUUUAUUUGUAAUGAAACAUUUUCUUCAAUGUUAUUAACAAUGUGGUGUGAUAUUAAUGAUGGUUUUUCCACGAUUACAGUAUCUUAACAAGUUUGUAUAAAUACAUCCCUAAGUUGAAGCCUUACUUUUGUGUUACUUUGGACCAGACUGUUGCUCUGAGGCAAAAACUAGUGAGGAGAAAUCGUGCCUAAUUAAGGGCCUGUCCCACUUGGGCGUUAUUUGCGCGUCAUGUCCGCAUUGUGACGUGCGCGUGGUGAGACGUGGUGGCGCGCGGAUUCACAAAAUCUUCGCGCACCACCAGCGUGACGUGCAAAUGACGCCCACGUGGGACAUUUGGCUCUUCAGACUUCACAGACCGCAGACUGAGUUAAAGGCACUGGCCAGUGGGGCAUUAAGCACUGCAGAGCAGAGGGUCCCAGCGAUCAGGGGUGGAUUAACCAUUAAGCAGACUAAGCACGUGCUUAGGGCACCAGGGCCAAAGGGGGCACCACAAAGUUGGGAAAAGGGUGAAAAGAAAAAAAAAACGAAUGAAGAUUUGUAAAAAAAAAAAAAAAAAUGUUUGUACUGCUGCAACCUGCAUUGUAUAUCUGGUCAGACAGGUCAACAACUAAAAUGGACUGGAUCAGUGUGGAAAGGAGGGGGGCACCAAGAUUGGUCAGUGCUUAGGGCACCAGUGAGCCUUAAUCCACCCCUGCCAGCGAUGAUACUUAGUCUGUGUGUGUGUGUGUGUUCAUUGAUCACUGCUACCUGGUGGAGCAGAUGUGUAGGGGUGCUAGGAUUGGGCUCAAAGAUCUGGCUUUGAACCAGGACAAUGGAGUGGAUGGAUUUAGAUCUUGCCGGCUAUUCAAUGAGUCCUGGGGGCCGCGAGGAACUGCAGUUGCAGGAGUCUUCCAUUGAACACAAAGUGCUGGAGUAACUCAGCGGAACUUGCAUCACCCGUGGAGGAUAUGGAUCUGGUGACAUUUCAGGUCGGGGACCCUUCACGAGUCUGAAGAAGGUUCCCGACCAGAAAUGUCACCUGUCCACGUUCUCCCCAGAUGUUGCGUGGCCUCAGCUGAUUUCUCCCAGCAAUUCCCUGCAAUUUCUGCUGUUGGGAAGCCUACAUCCGUCUGUCUUCUUUAGAUGUCAUUAAGGAAAGGAUUGAGUCCGAUCUGUUCUCCUCCUUGGACAAGGAACUAACCAAAACUCACUAUAGAGACACAAAUAUGCAACUGUACACGGAGCCGUGUGCGACUGGCCUUUGCAGGCACAUCUCUAAGAAAAAAAUCAGUGCAAUCUGAACACGUAGGAAUAAAUGUUGAAGAAGGAACUGCAGAUGCUGGAAAAUCGAAGGUAGAAAAAAAUGCUGGAGUGCAGAGACGGUUCACCAGACUGAUUCCUGGGAUGUCAGGACUGUCUCAUGAAGAAAGACUGGAUAGACUUGGUUUAUACUCUCUAGAAUUUAGAAGAUUGAGAGGGGAUCUUAUAGAAACUUACAAAAUUCUUAAGGGGUUGGACAGGCUAGAUGCAGGAAGAUUGUUCCCGAUGUUCGGGAAGUCCAGGACAAGGGGUCACAGCUUAAGGAUAAGGGGGAAAUCCUUUAAAACCGAGAUGAGAAGAACAUUUUUCACACAGAGAGUGGUGAAUCUCUGGAACUCUCUGCCACAGAGGGUAGUUGAGGCCAGUUCAUUGGCUAUAUUUAAGAGGGAGUUAGAUGUGGCCGUUGUGGCUAAGGGGAUCAGGGGGUAUGGAGAGAAGGCAGGUACGGGAUACUGAGUUGGAUGAUCAGCCAUGAUCAUAUUGAAUGGCGGUGCAGGCUCGAAGGGCCGAAUGGCCUACUCCUGCACCUAAUUUCUAUGUUUCUAUGUA